CAGGGGCAGACUGACCAUUUGGAAACUCAGGCACUGCCCGAGGGCCCGGGGUCAGUAGGGGGUCCCAUGAGAUGCCCCUGGUACCUUUUUUCAUAGGCUUUUUUAAGUUUGGGCAUGGCCACAGGGGCCCCAUUAUCCCCUAUUGCCUGGGGGCCCCAUGAGUUGUCAGUCCACCCCUGGAGACACCUCUUCACCUCCAGCCAGAGGCGGACUGACCAUUUGGAAACUCGGGCACUGCCUGAGGGCCCGGGGUCAGUAGGGGGCCCCAUGAGAUGCCCCUGGUACCUUUUUCAUAGGCUUUUUUGAGCUUGGGCAAGGACACAGGGGCCCGAUGAUCCCCUAUUGCCCGGGGGCCCCAU